AUGCAGCUCGCCAGCGAGCACCCCGCCGGCGGGGGCGGGAGCGCCGAGGGGGAGGCCUUCGUCCCGCGCGGCGGGCCCCAGCAGGGCCUGCGCCGCCGCACCGGCCCCGUCCCGCUCGACUUCUCGAGCCCCCGCAGCGGCCGCGCGGGCGACGGGAGGCGCUCCACCUUCCGGGAGGACGUCGGGCACGCCGCCGCCGAGACCUACCUCGUCACGGGACUCGCCUUCACCCUGCUCGGAUACCUCGGGGUUGGUUAUCGGUGGAUAUCGCAGCUUAUUGCACUCCUUGUGUAUGCAGUUUUACUCAUGCCUGGUUUCAUAAAAGUUGGGUACUACUAUUUCUUUUCAAGUCAGGUUAUUAGAAGUGUAGUCUAUGGAGAACAACCAAGAAAUAGGUUGGAUUUGUACAUGCCCAGAGAUAACAGCAAAUCCAGUCCAGUUGUGGCAUUUGUAACUGGUGGAGCUUGGAUCAUUGGUUACAAGGCGUGGGGUGCUCUCCUUGGAAGACGGUUAGCAGAGAGAGGAAUUAUAGUAGCUUGUAUUGAUUACAGAAAUUUCCCUCAAGGAACAAUAAGCGACAUGCUCAGUGAUGCUUCUGAGGCGAUAUCAUUCAUUUGUAACAAUGUUGUUAGCUUUGGAGGGGAUCCUAAUAAAAUCUACUUGAUGGGUCAAUCAGCAGGAGCACAUAUUGCGGCCUGUGCUCUCUUAGAGCAAGCAGUUAAAGAAUCUAAGGGAGAGAAUACCUAUUGGAAUGUGGCUCAAAUAAAAGCAUAUUUUGGUUUAUCUGGAGGAUACAACAUCCAAAAUUUGGUUGAUCACUUUCAUGAACGUGGUCUUUAUCGUUCAAUAUUUCUCAGCAUAAUGGAGGGAGAGGAAUCGCUGCCACGUUUCUCACCUGAAAUUGUCGCCAAAAAAUUAAGUGCAGAAACCAUAUCUCUACUACCUCAGAUUGUACUAUUGCAUGGAACAGCAGAUUACUCCAUACCAUCAUCGGCCAGUGAAGCUUUUGCGGAUGUCCUUAAACAAGCUGGUGGAAAAGUAGAGUUACAAUUGUAUGAAGGGAAAACACAUACUGAUGUAUUUUUACAGGAUCCACUAAGGGGUGGCAGGGACAAAAUGCUUGAAGAUGUUUUAUCUGUCAUUCAUGUUGAUGAUGCAAGUGCGCGUGAGAGGGACGCUUCGGCACCUACCCCGGAGCGCCUGGUUUAUGAGUGGCAAAUUAAAUUGGCCCGCCAAAUUAGUCCCUUCUAA